GGGACCGGAUCCCGGCCCCGGGCCUGCUCGGCGCUGGGGUCCUGCGCGGGGCCCACGGGGGCCCGGGACUCCGCAGUCUCCUUCCGCCUCCCCCGCGUCCUGCACCGCGCAUCUGCAACCUGCGGACCUCGGCCGCAUGCCUCCCCUCUGCUCUUCCCCCUCCCAGUUUUUGUUUGCCCGUAACUAAGAGUAGUUUUUACGUUUUUAAAUGAUCGGGGGGACAAAAGAGAAAUGUAGGUGAUAAUGAAAUCAAACUUCGGUGUCCCAUUUCGCAAUAAGGCACUUUCUACGUGCUCGUGAAGUGUCCCUGUGGUGUUGUGGCAGGAGAAAGGAACAGAAGUCCUGGGACAGAGCCUGCGAUGGAGCUCCCCAACUACAGCCGGCAGCUGCUGCAGCAGCUGUACACACUGUGCAAGGAGCAGCAGUUCUGUGACUGCACCAUUUCCAUCGGCACCAUUUACUUUAGGGCUCACAAGCUCGUUCUGGCCGCAGCCAGCCUCCUGUUUAAAACCUUGCUGGACAACACAGACACCAUCUCCAUUGAUGCAGCUGUGGUGAGCCCCGAGGAGUUUGCCCUCUUGCUAGAAAUGAUGUACACUGGCAAAUUACCCGUGGGCAAACACAACUUCUCCAAAAUCAUCUCUUUAGCCGACAGCCUGCAGAUGUUUGAUGUGGCUGUUAGCUGUAAGAAUCUUCUGACCAGCCUUGUAAACUGCUCUGUGCAGGGUCAGGUGGUAAGAGACGUCUCUGUGCCAUCCUCAGAGUCCUGCAGGAGAGAAACAGAGAUGCCUCAAAUAGAAGUCUUUUCCUCCGAAGGUGUGGAGGCAUCUUCCACCUCCCUGGAGGCUUCUGUCACGUCAGGGGGCCCUGUGAAAGCCAAGGCCCAGGAAGCAAUCCAUGCAGGGACACAAGAGAUGAGUGCAGGUCCUCCCACUGCCCCGGAGGUUCCCGAGGAUGCAGAAGCCCCAGUGGAGAGUCCUCACCCAGCUGAAGUUGGUUCCCCCUCACCUGCUGGACAGACCUCGAGUGGAGCAAAGGGGCAGAGCACAGAUCCAGAAUGUGAGAGGAAACACUACCAGCUGAGUUUUCUUCUAGAAAAUGAAAAUGUUUUCUCAGAUGCACUCUUGGUUACUCAGGAUCUUUUGACAAGGCUAGAAGAAUGUCCAGAAAUUAAAGGCCCACAGAAGGAGAUUGUAAUGGAAUGUCUUGAGGGUAAAGGAGGUGAUACAGCAUUCCAGAGAAUCCUGGAGAAAAUAAGAGCCGGGAGCCUAGAUGUGCAGACUGUUGUGUCCCUGUUGAGACUGUACCAGGAUUCCAAUCCCACAAUAAAAACUGCACUGUCAGACCCACACCUGGAAGAUGCAGCCCCAGUGCAUCCAAAAGGGAGCACAGGGGAGGGAAAGACCUUGUCUGUUCUGUUACUGGAACACAAAGAGGACCUGAUACAGUGUGUAACACAGCUGAGACCUAUUACGGAGUUCCUGGAAACAGCCAAGGAGGAAUUCCUGCCUGGCACUGAGAAAAGGGUGAUUCUGAAUUGCUGUGAGGGCAGAACACCCAAAGAGACAAUAGAAAAUCUGUUGCACAGAAUAACUGAAGAGAAGACCCUGAGUGCUGAGAGUUUGGUGAAACUCCUCCAGGCUGUGAAGAUGACAUUCCCCAACUUGAGCCUUCUGCUGGAGAAUUUGCAGAAAUUAGCCACUUUGCCCAGCACCACAGGUAUCCAGCCAAGCCCUGAUGAUUAUGGGACCGAGCUACUGAGACGGUAUCAUGAAAACCUCUCUGAGAUUUUAACAGACAACCAGAUGUUGCUAAAGAUGAUCUCACAUGUGAAGAGUAUAUCCCCUGGAGAAAGAGAAGUCAUGGAGGAGCUUGUGAAACAGGGCUCCGGCUCAGGUGGUUUCAGCUCCCUGAUGUCAGCAGUUCUAGAAAAGCGGACUCUCUCUGCCACAGCCGUUUGGCAGCUGCUUCUGGCAGCUCAGGAGACGAAGACCUGCCCCUUGAACCUGCUCAUGGGGGAAAUACGAAAGGAGCCCGGUGCCAAUGCUUUCUUCUGGGCAGUGACAACCCCAGAAACUACUGCCUUCAAAAUACUCCUGAGGCAUAACAAGUUGAUCACAGAGGCCAUCCAAUGGAGGGGUGAGCUCAAGUCCUUUUCCUUGGAGGAAGAGCAGCUGGCCAGGAGUUUGAAAGAGAUUUUGAGCAUUUCCUCUGAGUCAACCAGCCCUGAAGCUUCCCUGAGAGCGGUGCUGAGCAGAUCCAUGGAAAAAUCAGUCUCGGCCGUUGAAAUCUGUCACUUCCUGUGCAGUGUCCACAAAUGUGUCCCAAGCCUGCAGCCCGUCAUGCAGGAGUUGGCACAAAUUGGUUUCCUUACUAAGGAAAAUGGAGAGAAGGAAAUGUGGAAGGUGAGUAAUAAAUUUCACCUUGAAGCCAAUGACAAAGAAAAUGAAAAGACUGCGGAAAAUGACUGCCAGCCUGCAGAACAGAACGACCAGGGAGAGGCUGGUUCCUUGCCAGAACAACAAGAGAAAGACACUUCUGCCUCCCCAGACUCUGCCAAGAAGAGCUUCGUCUGUAAGGCCUGUGACAAGAGCUUCCAUUUCUAUUGCCGCCUGAAGGUGCACCUGAAGCGCUGCCGGGUGGCCAAGAGCAAACAGGUGCAGUGUAAGGACUGCAGCGAGACCAAGGAUUCCAAGAAAGAACUGGAGAAGCAUCAGCUGGAGGCCCACGGUGCAAAUGGAGACCCUGAAGUCCCCAAAAAGAAGAAGAAGAGGCUCCCAGUGACGUGCGACCUCUGUGGAAGAGAAUUUGCCCAUGCCUCAGGCAUGCAAUACCAUAAACUGACAGAGCACUUCGAUGAGAAGCCUUUCUCCUGUGAGGAGUGUGGGGCCAAGUUCGCAGCCAAUUCCACCCUAAAGAACCACCUCCGCCUGCACACUGGGGACCGCCCCUUCAUGUGCAAGCACUGUCUCAUGACCUUCACACAGGCCUCAGCCCUGGCCUACCACACUAAGAAGAAGCACUCGGAAGGAAAAAUGUAUGCAUGCCAAUACUGUGAUGCUGUGUUUGCCCAGUCCAUCGAGCUGUCCCGCCACGUCAGGACUCACACCGGAGACAAACCAUAUGUCUGCAGGGACUGUGGCAAGGGCUUCCGGCAAGCCAAUGGCCUCUCCAUCCACCUGCACACCUUUCACAACAUCGAAGACCCUUAUGACUGCAAGAAAUGCAGGAUGAGUUUCCCCACUCUGCAGGAUCACCGGAAGCACAUCCACGAGGUGCAUUCCAAGGAAUACCACCCCUGCCCCACGUGUGGGAAGAUCUUUAGUGCCCCUUCCAUGCUGGAGCGACACAUGGUGACCCAUGUUGGAGGGAAGCCCUUCAGCUGUGGGAUCUGCAACAAGGCUUACCAGCAAUUGUCUGGUUUGUGGUACCACAAUCGGACCCACCACCCAGAUGUGUUUGCUGCUCAGAACCAUCGAUCAUCCAAGUUCUCGUCACUGCAGUGCAGUUCCUGUGAUAAAACCUUUCCUAACACCAUCGAGCAUAAAAAGCAUAUCAAAGCGGAGCAUGCAGAUCUGAAGUUCCACGAAUGUGAGCAGUGUAAGGAGCUCUUCCCUACGCCAGCUCUGCUGCAGGUUCACAUCAAGUGCCAGCAUUCAGGGUCCCAGCCAUUCAGGUGCUUGUACUGUGCAGCUACUUUCCGCUUCCCUGGAGCGCUGCAGCACCACGUCACCACAGAGCACUUCAAGCAGUCGGAGAGCACCUUCCCCUGCGAGCUCUGUGGGGAGCUCUUCACCUCCCAGGCGCAGCUGGACGGCCACCUGGAGUCUGAGCACCCAAAGGUGACUGGCAUCGAAACCCAGGCAGCCACCUCCCAGAUGGUGCAGGUGAUCCAGACUUCAGAGCCGGCAGCCCCGACUGAGCAGGUGAUCACCCUGGAGGAGACCCAGCUUGCUGGGUCACAGGUGUUUGUGACUUUGCCAGACUCUCAGGCAUCUCAGACCGGCUCUGAGCUCGUGGCAGUGACUGUGGAGGAUCUGCUGGAUGGCACUGUGACCCUGAUCUGUGGUGAGGCCAAGUGAGGGGCACGGCUGCUCACCAGCAGAGGGAUCCUGUGUUUGCUUCCGAGCGGAAGCUCAGAAACCUGUCCUUUGUCCUUCCCUGCUGAGCUGGGUGGUGAGCUUCUUAGCCUAGCACCAGCCCACACGGUCUCACUCGAAGGACAGACAGAAGCUCCUUUGCCCUCACACCCAGUGUCUGCAUCAUGGAUGCCGACAGUCUGUCCUGCAUAACCAAUAGCGUCCUUCUCACGGACUGUUGUUCGGACUUCUGUGCUACUGCCUUGGAAAUAACCUGAAAGAACAGUGGGAUGGGAGCUGAGCUCAGGGAGGUGUGACAUGCCAGCAGCUCUUGGAGGACAGAAAGGCAGGUGGGGCACAGAGACCUGCCUAUGCCUCUGGCCAUUUAAAAAUGAGAGAGAAGCACAGCAGACCCUGCAGGGCCCCAGCCUGAAGCACACUUGCCCUCCCUCGCUUGUCCCAGCCUCCCCUCUGCUCAGCUACAUCUACUUCCUGUGCCUGUGCUCACACCAGCCACUAGGGUGGCAGCAGGACAGGUGGCAGUGUUAACAAUGCCCUUAUUUCCAUGCCGGGUCCCACCUGGUCUAUAGUAGUCAGCCCUCCUGGAACAGAGCCUUUGGUGUGUUUCUCCUGAGAGUGUUUCCUGCAAGGCCAUCCAGCAGCGGAUUGUCUCUGCCUGCUAGGGUGUUCUUCAUGGCGUUCCCUAAAGGCUGCUGCUCACGGCUCUUCCAUGUUCUCCCCAUCCCCUUCCUCUAAUCAAAGGCUAAUACUGCCACCUGCCCCGGAGGCCUUGCUCGCUGGCUCCCUCUGGAGUUGGUGAUGUUGCUAAUGAACCUGCAGCCGGCAGGCCGCUUUGUGCCUGCACUCUGAGGAGCAGCAGGCUGCCGCCGGCUGUGCUCCUGCCACCAGGGAGCUUGCCUUGUGCAUGGCCCACUCUCUGAGCUCUCCCAGCCUGCAUGCUUACUGCAGGUCAGUGAUCCUUCCAAGUCUGAAUUUCACAAAGCCUUUUAUCUUUAGUUCCUAAAAUAUAAUCUGGUAAUUAAUGGUUUGUGGAAUCCAUUAUGAAGUGCAAUUAGAUGGAUAUUGGUUCCUGCCGUUUAGAGAGAAUGACUAGCAUUUGUCUUCUUUUCCUUGAUACCCAAAGGUUGGAGUAGGCUAGUGCAGUGUUUAUACAGCAGGCAGGACCCCCUGCCACUUAGUGAGGCCUGACCCCUUGCAGAGGGGGCAUCCAGCUGAAUCGCUCACCCUCCAGCCACCCACUGGCAGGGAUAAGCCCGCCCAGCCCGCCCCUUUUUCCAUCAAGUGUGCCUGCAUGGCUGUGUGCAGAGGCACACGGGGUUGAGUUUGGUCAUAGGUGGGGCUUUAUUGGUGCAGCAGGCACACAGGCAGGUGGGGCACAGCUAAAAGGGCUGAGGUAGAGCUUUAGCUCUGGCUGGUAUUUUCAGGGGCUGGCGGUUGUCUUCACUGGUAUUGGCUAUGUGCAGGCUGUCCUGGCAACAGUGAGUUCCUGCGUAGGCCAGCUCAACCCAGCUGGCCCCAGCCAGCUGCUCCCACCGCCACUUGGGCUUGUCAGUUCUGGGAUCUUCCCAUCCCAGAGAGUAAGGGAAGUCUUUAAAGGAGAGGUGGCCUCAGAAGCCAAAUACUGACCAGAAGAUGGUGCUCAAGCCUUAGGACUUGGCCUCCCUGGGCAGCCCUCACGGUUUGUACCAAGGCUUUCCCCAUGCUUAGGUUUUCCAGGUUCCCUGGGCUGGCAGACCUGGAAGCGCUUGAUCUGCAAGUAGCAAAAUGACUCUCCUCUUGGCUGGCACCAUGUGGAACCCCUCUUAAAGACAGUAGAGUGGCACAGGCUUCCAGGCAUUGGUGCCAAGCCCAACAGGUCAGAGUACGCCCCUCACAAGCUAUAGGAUGGUGGGAAUUACACUGAGGGGCACCAAAACUUCUGCCUGCCAAAAAGCAAAGCAGUAACACAUCAAGUGCUAAGGGCUUGUAGCAGCAAGUAAGCUGCUUCUUUUUAAGUCUUCUGAAUAAAAAUACCUGUAAGUUUUAAACCCAAGUGUCAGAUCCUUUCCAGCACUGAGAAACCUUUCCUCAGGUUUCGGUGAGGGCCCAGAUGGUGGCCAGCCGCGCUCUUUCUUCGGGAUCACUGGACUCCUUGCUCACUGUGUGAAGAGCAGCGAAGUUGCAUCAGCUGCUGGGCCACCAGAUGCACUCACCCGCCACCCGGGGCAGGAGGCCCCGAGCAGCACAGCCCAGCUCUCCUGGCUCUGGGCAGGGUGCACACGGGUCUGUUCUGGGCCUGGCACCGGCUGAAUGGGCCUCAUCACUGGCUGACUGUGAUUUCACAGUGCUGCUCUCUGGAGAAGAUGUGGAUUUUGUUGAAGAAAGACUUUUUAAGCUCUCCCCCUUCUGCUCAAGAGACCUCUAAACCGCUGCCAUGGGGGACAUUGUUAGUGGGUCUCCUUUGUCCGCACCGCUUGCCUUUACCAUGGCGCUGAUGGUCUGUAACACCACAGUCCGCCUGAAACGCACACAGUGUCAUUCAGUGCUACGUGCGUAGGCUGGAGGAGCCUCCAGGCUUCUUGAAACAUGUGGAUUUGUUCAGGGCACCCCCCAAGCUUCCUCUGCUCCCAAGCUCAGGAUCAAGCUGAAUAGGUGGGAAAGACAUGCAGUCUGACCAUGGAAACCGUGGGAUCAGUUAGGAAACAAGAUUUGCCCAUGAUAGGUAAGUGAGACCGCAGGUCAGUGAUAGAAGAGCUGGGCUUGUAGGCAGACAAGACUCUUGCUCCCCCAACACAUGAGCAGAGCCUGGACCAGAGGGGCAACAACAGGGCAAGAACCAAGGUCUUUCCCCUUCUGUCUCACAGCUCUGUGUUUGGGAAACUGGUCCCCCUGAGGAAGCCGCUGACUUGCUGCUGAUUGCAGAGGCGCCUCAGCCUCAUCCCUCAGGCCAGAGCUCAUGGUCAGGGCUGAGGGAUGAAAUGAGGUACACAUGGUGGGUGGAGGAGACAGCGUCUCUGUUCUCUACUCCUGAGCCCAGAGUCUCAGAAUCGGGGAAGGGUGCGGGCAGGAGCCUAAGAGUUCCUUCUCACCCCGGAGGCUCAUGACGUGGGAGCUGUGCCUUAAAAUUGCAUGUGCCUGAGAUCGCCGUACUGGUGAAGGGCAGGAGGGCACUGCUAGUCUCACCCAGAGUGCACAAGUGGACCUAGGGACAAGCAGCACUCCUGUUCCACUAGGACUAGAAAGCUGGACAGUGACAGAGAAGACUAGGAUUUAAUUAGACCUCCCAAAAAGAGUGUUCAACAGCUUGGCCGGUGCACCCCCAAAUACUUGGGAGAUAGGAAGAAAGUGGGAGUAAACGAAAGACUUAGAGUUGAAAGGAGGGUCAGAGGCAAGUUUGUUGUUUGUUGCCAUAGAAACCUUGGGGCUGACAGGACUUAGACCAACAGCUCAGCAGCACAGCUGAAGCUACCUGGAAAGAAGAUGUCUGUACUUUGGGGCCUGCAUUGUUGAGGGGGAAGAAGACAUUCCCUGGGCUGUUACAUUGCCUCCAAGUUGGGGGAAUGUCAUGCUCUCCUUUAGCAAGGCCAGUCACACCUGUUUCUGUCACGGUCAGGACAACUGGCCACCGUGUGAUACUGGAUAAGUCGGGUUACGAACUAUUUAUCAUGUUUAACAUGCACUAAUACAUGUAAUAAAAUACGUACUUGGAAAGGACACUGUCUGCGUUUUGGGCAGACUGUGGUGUUACAGACCUGGGUUUCAUUCGGUUCUGGGUAGCUGGUCGGGUGGGCACAGGCUUGAGGGGCCUGUGUUCCUGGGGACGCUGUGUGCCUUGGUGUGAGCAUGGCCUCGGGAAAGUCGCCUGUCAUGGAAUCUCUUUUCCUACAGCCUCUUUCCAGAGGAGCAAGUGGAGGGCCGAGUUUGAGAGCCCAGGCUUUGGGGCCCUCCUACUAGAUCCCUGCACACCGCCGUGCAAGCCUGGUCAGUGCUCUUUGAGUUCCCUCCUCCUGGCUCUCAGCAAACUGUUUCACUUCGUAGAACACAGGACAAAUGGAAAGCCGGAGUUCAAUGGAUUUAGCGUAAAAAUUUUAGUUGUUAAUAAAGGUUUUUACCGACAAGCCAA